UAGUUGACGGUCGCUUUCGUACUCUUGGGCCUCCGUGACCUUGUGAAACGCACUGGUUAAGCUCGCCGCUCGCUCCUCGUCGAGCUGGAGCCGGCCGGUUGAUGGCGACCUAGGGCUCCUCCUUUGCCAAUCCCAGUCGCGGAGGGUGUUCUCUUUCCAUUCGGCCUCCGCCGGUUGUUCCCAAACGGAUAUAAGACCUUUCUUCUCCAACCUCUUCUCUCAUGGCGGACAAUCGGGUGAAGACUGGUAUCUUAGUUCCACUUACGAGGAAUCUUGUUGCAGACAGUACAAUUUCCAAUAUAGCAAUUUUUGAAGGUGAUAAUGUCAUUGGCCGUAGUAAUCUCCUUGAGCCUGACAAGCGAGUCAGUCGGAAGCAUAUUACUUUGCAAGUUUCUGCUGACAGCUCCACCAAAAUUGUUGUGGAAGGACCAAAUCCAAUAAUUUUGAGAUCUGGAGGUCAAAGAAAGAAGGUCUCUUUUCAAGAGAGAGCCAAUCUUAUUGAUGGUGACAUUAUUGAGCUGAUUCCUGGACAUUAUCUAUACAAGCAUGUAAAAGGUGGGGAUAAACGUAUAUUGCCUGAAACAAAUUCAGGUCUCUUAAGAAAAGAAAAGAGACAAAGUGUCGAGGAGGCUUUAGUAAAUAAAAGAAUUCGACAAGCUGAUACUUGUGAAUCUUUUUCAAGUAAUUUGCAGGUAUUUACAUCAUGUGAUGAGGAGGCGAUUCGACAUUAUAGAGUCACAACAAAGACACUACCUUCAACAUUCCGACUCAUGCAAGUACAAUGCGUUCCUGCAUGGGCAAAUACCUCAUCAAUUACCAUUGGAGAUGUCAUACAGGGGAAUGCACUUGUUGCUAUUCUUUCAAAUUACAUGGUGGACAUAGAUUGGUUGGUAUCUGCAUGCCCAAAUUUGAGGAAGAUCCCUCAUGUCCUUGUUGUGCAUGGUGAAAGUGCUGGUUCAGAGGACCAUUUUAAGAAGGUCAAACUUGCUAAUUGGGUCUUUCAUAAACCUUCACUUCCUAUUGCAUAUGGAACACACCAUUCAAAAGCUAUGCUUCUUGUAUAUCCCAAAGGAGUGCGUGUUGUUGUGCACACUGCAAAUUUGAUCCAUGUUGAUUGGAAUAACAAAACCCAGGGCUUAUGGAUGCAAGACUUCCCUUGGAAGGGCAACGAUCAGUGCAUGGAUUCUCUCUUUGAAAAUGACUUGGUUGAUUAUCUCAAAGCACUUAAGUUGCCUGAAUUUACUGCCAAGCUACCCCCAAUCGGAAAUGUCAACAUCAAUGCUUCUUUCUUUAAGAAGUUUGACUAUAGCAGCGCAAUGGUUAGGUUAAUUGCCUCAGUUCCUGGAUAUCAUACAGCUUCCAAUUUGAAGAAGUGGGGGCAUAUGAAGUUGCGGAGUGUUCUUGAAAACUGUGUAUUUGACAAAGAAUUUUGUAAAUCCCCUCUUGUAUAUCAGUUUUCUUCCCUUGGUUCUCUGGAUGAAAAAUGGCUGUCUGAGCUGGCAGUCUCCAUGUCAUCAGGCGUUUCUAGUGAUAAAUCUCCACUGGGCAUUGGAAAACCUCUCAUAAUCUGGCCAACGGUUGAGGAUGUUAGAUGCUCUAUCGAGGGUUAUGCAGCUGGCAAUGCAAUUCCAAGCCCACAAAAGAAUGUAGAGAAAGCUUUUCUCAGAAAAUAUUGGGCAAGGUGGAAGGCUAAUCAUGUAGGCCGCUGUCAUGCAAUGCCACACAUAAAAACAUAUGCUCGGUACAAUGCUCAAAAUCUUGCAUGGUUUCUUCUUACUUCAGCAAAUCUAAGCAAAGCUGCUUGGGGUGCAUUACAGAAGAACAAUUCUCAGCUUAUGAUACGUUCGUAUGAGUUGGGAGUUCUGUUCUUGCCUUCUUCAAAGGCCAAUGAGAAAGCUUUUUCUUGUACGGAUGACCAUGUACUGCAACAGGAGAAUUCCAGCUCAGGUUAUAUGACUGGGGGAGGAAGCGUAAGGUUGGCAACCUUAUGCUGGAAGGGAAACAAUCCAAACGAAUCCUCCAAAGUGAUCCAGCUACCCGUUCCAUAUCAACUCCCACCUCAACCAUACGACUCCUCAGAUGAGCCAUGGUCGUGGGACAAGCGAUAUACAAAAAAGGAUGCCUACGGGCAAGUAUGGCCACGCCGUGUUCACCUGCAUGUGGAUCAAGAUGGUUGAUCCAACUGGAAUCGAAAGCAGAGUCGAAAAUUUUCAAGUGUGGUGGUAAUAUUAAAGCAGAGGUUUUCAGUUUAUAUUGCUGCCUUUUCAUUGUAAAUAAUCAUGUAUUGUGUUCGCUUAGAAUCUAUUAGUUAAAAACCAAAAUCAUACUAAUUAUAAUUGCGAGACAAUCAUUAAUUCAUCUCA